GAAACCUACUUUAACUUUUUCUAUUUUUAUAGAUAAUAUUAGGAAUAGAUCAAUCAACUAACACAAAAUGCUAAAACAAAAAAAAUAUGAUUGGAAGGACAGUAAUAUCGCAGCUUUUGGUUCAAGUGAAGAUCGAUCGGUGAAGAAAGAAUCUGCACAACAUGAACCAGCGUGGAAGGGAUCUGGACAGAAAGUUGGUUUAGAAAUUUGGCGAAUAAAUAAAUUUAAAGUUGAAAAAUGGCCUAAAGAGGAUUAUGGAAAAUUCUUCAAUGGUGAUUCUUAUAUCAUUUUAAACACAUAUAAAGACAAAGAGUCAGACGAACUACUAUAUGAUGUCCACUUUUGGAUUGGAUCUCAUUCAACGCAAGAUGAAUAUGGAACCGCAGCCUACAAAACUGUUGAGUUGGACACCUUCCAUGACGACAAGCCUAUCCAGCAUAGGGAGGUUGAGGGUCAUGAGUCAGAGACGUUCAAAUCAUAUUUCUCAUCCAUAACACUGAUGAAAGGUGGAGCAGCGUCUGGUUUUCGACAUGUCAAGCCACAAGAAUACAACAAAAGGCUAUUUCAAGUGGUUGGUGAAAGAAAAAACAUAGCAAUAAAACAAAUUCCAAUGAAAAAGGGGAACCUGAAUAGUGAUGACGUCUUUAUUUUUGAUUUGGGACUGGAAAUUUAUCAGUACAAUGGAAAAAAUGCAAACAAAGACGAGAAGUACAAGGCUACUCAGUAUGUGCAAAAGUUAAAAGCAGAAAGAGGCAAGGCUGAACUAGAAGUCUUGGAAGAAAAUGAUGUUAUAGACGGUCACCCAGUGUUAAGUCACUUGCAAGAUGGAAAGAGUAAAAGGAGAGCUCCAGAACCACCAAUUAACAAAGUUGGCAUGUAUCGCAUUAGUGAUGCAAAAGGACACAUGACAUUCACACAGGUGUCAGAUGGUAAACUUGACAAAGCACUCCUAGACAGUAAUGAUGUCUUUUUAGUUGACGCUGGAAGACAUUUGUUUGUUUGGAUUGGUAAAGGAGCAUCGAUAGAUGAAAGGAAAAACUCAAUGGCUUAUGCACACAACUUUCUAAAGGAUAAAUGCAAUCCAUUUUGUCCUGUUACCUGCCUUGGAGAAAAGCAAGCAAAGAAAUCGAAAGAAUUUUUAGCAGCCUUUAAAUACUAAAAUCCGAUAGACAAAGUAGAGGAUAAUUUUCUGAAGAAUUUUUCAAAAUA